AUGAAUUCAGAAAUACCGUGGGAACGAAGCCAGCUGCUCAACCAUCUACGAGAGUCGGAUGGCGACAUCGUCGUCAGACUUACCCCGAGUCCCUCGGAAUGGCUGGUCUUAGAUCGCAAGGAGCUCGCCAAGGGCUCACCGAUGCUAAUCAGCCUUCUCAAUCCACUAUGGGGUAUCACUCCUACAUCCAUGCCCCAUCCCGUAACCGGGAUUCAAUCCGACAUGUGGGUUCUCUCGCUUGUCUGGGACGGCGUGACCUUCAAUCUUUCCCAAAGGAACGGCGACCAGCCCUUGCCGGCAUUCUCAUCUCCUUCUAGUCCAAUGACUCCAAAGUACUCCAUUAGUAGAUACACCUUACCACGGGACUCUCUCUACGAUGGCGUACACCCUGGAAUCCUAGCAGCUCAUGAUCUUUUCGUAAUGUUUGCCCUCCUUUACGACUUGCCUGUGGCUUUGGAGCACCUGCCUCUGCGGCCGCAAACCGAUCCAAGGGACAUCGUCAGACUGGGGAUCGRGCGCCUCGCCAGUAUUAUUACAUACACAGACUACUACUGUGCCGUUACCUUGUUGAGCAGUCGUCAGCUCGUACUCAAAGACCUCCUCUUCCAAUACUUGAUGUACCACACAAAGGAUGUGUUCAAGUACGGCACUACCAGUCCAUGGGUAGAGUUGCUCGGUCUGAGCAGAGACCUACAGUUCCCCGAGCUGUACAUCUUCGUCCUCUUGGAGUUAGGCAACGGCGACCUUGAUCCCACGGAGUUGGACGACCUCGCCAGCGUCCUGGGUCUUGAUUCCGCCGAUCAAGCGGCAGAGCUGAUGAGAAAGGUGCAAACCGAGUACAUGGCUGAACAUCGCGAUCAAAUGGGAAUGGUCGUGCAUAUUCCGUUGAUGGGCCUUCCAACCUACAAAGUCGACCCUCCAAUGCAAAUCAGUCAUGCGGACCGGGUCUCCCACAAUGCUCACAUCAUAGCCGGCAGCAUCUGGGAGGCUCACAUGCGUGAUUGGGCCUUCUGGCGGGGCUUGUUCUGGCGCGACGGCCAGUAUAGCCUUUCCGGCGAACAAAGCCAAUGGAAGCAGCGUUUCCCACGCUACGGUUUGUUCCAGUAUGGGGACCAUUCCAUCCGUGGACCUCUCACCGUGCCGGGCUUGCAGCAUAAAUACGUCCCGAAACACGCCCCCGACUCAGACUUUGAACUAGGUGACCGUGAGUACCCCGACGCCUGGCUCGCAUCGUAUAUAUUCUUCAUCUCGCGCCUUCGCCCCGCCAUUCUCGCAAACAACAAACCCGGUCUCUCCGUCUUCGGCACCAUCUUCGACCCGCGUAUCGUUGAAACAUGUAUAGAUCUCGCCUAUCAAAAGGAAGCUUCUUAUAUGAUACAUGGCCAAUUGGGUGUCACAGCCUACCUCGACAAAAGUGAUGUGAUCCGCAGGGAGUUUGUGGCAAAAGUCCAAAGUCUUUUGACUUGGUAUGUGGAUGAAGCGGCGGCGAUAUUCAAGACUUCCCUGAAGCCUAAAGAAGGGUCGUCGUGGGAUUUGUCUUUUACUGGGRAUAAUUUCACAUGGGCGGAGGACACCCCUGGUGUGGAUGUCAGGGAUGAUAAGUACGAAUUGCAGAAGAAAUUGGAUGAUGAGGAGGCGGGGUSGGUUAGUGGGAAUGGGGCUGUGAACCCUGGGAUCGCUUGGGAGCUUCCUGUUUAG